AUGGGAGUGCCGACAGUCUGGCGAGUGCCGCUUUGUAACGGCAAGGCGGGCCCCGGGUACCAGGAUCUGGUCACUCUGAACCGGUUAGACGAAAUCGUGAUUCCCAGGACCGAGAACCCAGUGGUGCGAGUUACAGUGGUUACCACCUUAGCCGCUCGAGUAAAAUCACCGGCGGGUGUCAUGCAAGAGGAUCGGAUCCGGGAGAUGCGGGUCGAUCGGAUCAAGCAGGCCCAGGAGGAGGAAGUCUGGAUCACAGGCAUGAAGAAGUAUCUGAGUGGCUCGAUCGCAGAUCUCACGCAAGCAGAAGCAAGAUCGUACGGCAAGAUCGCGGCCGACUAUGAGGUGGAUGAGCAGGAUCUACUCUUCUAUUGUCCACCCACUCCGAGAUCGGGGGACGAUCGCGAUCUGUUGCUGAGACUGGUAGUCCCCGAAACGUUGCAAUCUGACGUCCUACACCACUAUCACAAUACGCUGGAAGGAGGACAUCAGGGAGUGGGGCGUACCUACCAGCGGAUCAGGGGUCAUUUCCACUGGAGAGGAUUAUAUCGGAGCGUUCAGCGAUAUAUGGAGGAUGUGAAACGUGAAAAGGAAAACCGGUGA